AUGAGCAAAUUUAGAGCUGAAUGCCCGAGAAAAAAAAUUGGAGAAUUCGGUGAUGAAAAUGAAAUACGAGCUCCCGCCUUAGCACCAGAAGAAACCCGAAUAAGCUGUACUUAUAUGUAUAAUGGUAAAUCAGAAUUGGAUCAACUUUUCAGUGAUGAUAUGUUAAGCGUACUCGAUGAAAUUACCCGACGAUUGAGACGUGAAGUUCGAGUUAAUUUAAUAGUUAAAAAGAUAAAUUGUGCGAAAGACGAACAGUCGAAAUGUUUGCACUAUUCGCUGCACGAAUCAUUCCAUUGGUUGAUCAUCAAUGAUCUUACACUUUCUCAACAUAGUAUACACGAUCUGACGGCAUACUGUAGUAAAGAAGCAGAUAAAGAAGUUGGAUUUGUACGCCGAUUAUCGGACGAGGAAUUAAUGGACAAGCAGCGUAAAUCAAAAGUAACGAAAUUUAAAAAUACAAUUUUACGUUCUCCAUUAGAACUUAAUCUUAUCGAACCAUUGCUGUUAGAACGACGAUCCUUUGAUAAACCAUUAAAUUGGCAUCAAUUACAACGUAUGAAUAAAAGCACAUUAGGUGAUGCUAUAAAUAACGAUCAGCUAACAUUUAUCCUAUUUUGGAAUGCCGACAAUAUCAUAAGUAAGCAUAUAUUCUAUUUAUGGGCCGAAGCUUCAAAAUCGUUAGUUUUACGUCAUCCAACAAUUACAUUCGGUGCAUUAGCAUGUCAUGAAUUUGAUGAAUUGUGUGAUGAUUACAUCACAAAACCGAAUGAUUAUCAUACUGUGUUUGCAUACAAGGAGAGUGAUAUUUUUGGAAAGAUUGGAGGAUUGCGUGAUGCAAAGUAUUACAUCGAUUGGGUUCAACUGUAA